UCUUAUCAGGAAUGGCCAAAUUAGAAGUCUUGAUUGCUUUAAUAGCCAUGGUAGCACUUUCGGGCGCUACGUUCCAGCCAUGGUACGCAAAGCAAGCGACGCAAACUACCUCGGAGCCGUCCACCACCACGGUUGAAGAUAGUACUUCGUCGAACGAGAAUCCAUUCGAUCCGGAUAUUUGUACCAGCAGUGGAAAUGUUGCAGUCUGCAUGGAUUGCAAAAAAAUCUCUGUUUGUUUGAACGGGCAGUCGCUCCCCGUGAAGGAAUGUCCGUCGGAGGCUCCGUAUUGUGUGGGAUCCGACAUGGGUAGCUAUUGCUCGGCCCAAUCGGAUCCGGAGCGAGCGCAGUGUUCGGAUAAAUUUCAUUGCACAUCGGAGGGAUAUUUUCCUGAUCCCUACGACUGCCACUACUUCUAUAUAUGCGACUCCGAUUUGAAGCCUCUUCACCUGGACUGCAUGCCCGGGUACGUGUUCGAUCUAAACAGCAAAAAUUGUCGGAGACAGGUCUUUCCAACUGACUGCCGGAAGCUGGACUGCUCCAAGUCGAACGGGGUUUGGUCGUACUACAGCACCAGCAAGCAAUACUACGGCUAUUGCUACGAAUCGAGCAGUGGAAGCAACGAGGUGGUACUGUUCAAGUGCAGUGACGGUGCCGAAUUCGAUGGGUUCCAGUGUCAGUAUAAGUGCAGAGCGGAGGGAAAGUUUGCCGACUCCGGUAAUCGAAAUCGGUAUUUCGAAUGUUACUACGUGGGCUUUAAGCUGACAGCCCGCGUUCGGAAUUGUGGCCGCGGGAUGGUGUUCGAUGAGCGCACGGGAUAUUGUGCAACACCGUGAGAUAGUGGUGCUUUCGGAUUGCAUAAAAAGUUGGUGCAAGCAAGUAUGUGCAAUUAAGGCAAUUUAUUUCUUUCGGUGUCAAUGGUUUUGCAAAUCACUACACUGGGUUUGGUGAAUAAUUACUAGCCAUAGAAAUUUUGCGCUUGUUAAAUUC